ACUUCUGUGAAACUUUUUUGCCCCAGUCAUUCAACACAAGAGAGAGCCGCGCACGAGGACAAGCCACUGAUUCCACGGCGCGCGCGGCACACAUCAAACUUCAGAUUGGGACGAACAUGACGCGACUCCGGCUCGUGCUACUGAGCGCGUUGCUAUGGCAAUGCUGCCUUUCUCAACAGAGAGGACUGUUCCCAGCUGUGCUGAACCUGGCAUCCAUGGCAGACAUCACAGCUAAUGCUACCUGUGGCUCACUGGGUCCAGAGAUGUUCUGUAAGCUGGUGGAACACGUACCAGGCCAGCCUGUCAGAAACCCUCAGUGUCGAGUCUGCAACCAAAGGAGCACAAAACCAUUUGAGCGUCAUCCCAUUGAAUACGCCAUCGACGGGACCAAUCGCUGGUGGCAAAGUCCCUCCAUAAAGAAUGGAAUGGAGUACCAUUAUGUGACCAUAACACUCGACUUAAAGCAGGUUUUCCAGAUCGCCUAUGUGAUUAUAAAAGCAGCCAACUCACCUCGACCAGGUAACUGGGUCUUGGAGCGUUCGAUAGACGGUGUGACCUUUGAACCCUGGCAGUACUACGCCAUCACAGAAACAGAGUGCCUGACGAGAUUCAACAUUAAUCCAAAGACAGGAACUCCAUCCUACACCAGAGAUGAUGAAGUCAUCUGCACAUCUUACUAUUCAAAGAUCCACCCGCUGGAGAAUGGAGAGAUCCACACUUCUCUGAUCAAUGGUCGACCCAGUGCUGACGACCCCUCUCCGACCUUGCUGAACUUCACCUCCGCCCGCUACAUCAGGCUGGUGUUUCAGCGAAUCCGAACACUGAAUGCAGACCUCAUGACCCUGACCCUCCGAGACCCCAGAGACGUCGAUCCAAUUGUGACCAGACGAUACUACUACUCCAUUAAAGACAUCUCAGUGGGAGGGAUGUGUAUCUGUUACGGCCACGCCAAAGCCUGUCCCCUCAACGCUGAUACAAAGAAGUUUAGCUGUGAAUGCGAACACAACACAUGCGGGGAGAGCUGUGAUCAUUGUUGCCCUGGUUACCACCAGCAGCCCUGGAUGGCAGGAACCUUCCACACUCGACAUAUCUGUGAGAAGUGUAACUGUCAUGGUAAGGCAGAGGAGUGCUACUUCAAUCAGACUGUCUCAGACCUGUCGCUCAGCCUGGACAUCCACGGUAAAAACAGAGGGGGAGGAGUCUGCAUUGGAUGCCAAGACAACACAGAUGGAGUCAACUGUCAGACAUGCGCUGCUGGAUUCUUCAGACCUGCCGGGGUGAGCCCUGAGGAUGACGACCCCUGUAACCCCUGCUCAUGUGACUCGCAGGGUUCUGUCAGCCAGUCAUGUGUCAGAGAUUCAAAUGAGGCCACACCAAGCCAGCCAGCAGGGUCGUGCUGGUGUAAGGAGGGUUUUGGGGGUCUGCGAUGUGACAGGUGUGCUGUGGGUUAUAUGGGCUUCCCAUCCUGCCAGCGCUGUAACUGCAGUGUGGAAGGAAGCUCCAACGCUGACCCGUGCAUAACGCCUUGUCUGUGCAAGGAAAAUGUGGAGGGAGAAAAUUGUGACCGCUGUAAACUUGGAUUCUACAAUCUUAAAGGUGACAAUCGACGAGGGUGUGAAAAGUGCUCUUGUAUGGGCGUGUCCAGUCAGUGCACUGCUUCCACGUGGACCUAUCACAACGAGACGACUCUGACAGGCUGGCACCUGGUAGGAGACACAGGAGGAAGAGUCUGGUCAGUUCACAGACAGACGCCUCCGUAUCUGAGCGUCCGACACGCAGACGUGGUGAAUGACCUCGGCUCAGCCUACUACUGGAAUGCGCCUGGACUAUACCUGGGAAACAAGCUCACAGCCUAUGGAGGGAGAGUGGUCUACACUGUGUCUUACAACACAGACCAGCAAGAACAGAGAGCCAUCCGAGUCACCUCAGAGCCCGACCUGAUCAUAGAGGGAGGCGGGAGGAAGAUAAUUGACAGACGUUUCGGCCAGCCGGUGUACCCGUCCUCGCCGAGCACCAAUCAGAUUGUUCUCCAUCCAGAGAACUUUCUCUUUUCAGGGAGCGCCGAGCCGAUCAGUCGAAGGGAUUUCAUGUCUGUGUUGGCGAAUGUGACCACAGUGAUGGUGCGGGCUUCUUAUAGCACCGAGACCAGUGCUGUGUACAGACUCCACUCCUUCUCAAUGCAGGUAGCUAAUCCUGCAGCCAGAGGAGAGAAGACCGCUUCAGCCGUAGAAGUCUGCUCCUGUCCACCUGGAUUUGCAGGAACAUCCUGUGAGACUUGUAUUCCUGGUUUCCGGAGAGUUAACAGGAUUUUAUAUAAUGGAUUUUGCGAAGCCUGUCAUUGCCACGGACAUGCUGCACAGUGUGAUGAAGUCACUGGACACUGCCUGGACUGCUUUCAUCACACCACAGGCCCUCACUGUGACACCUGCUUACCUGGUUACUUCGGCAACGCCACUCGUGGGUCGCCUACUGACUGCCAGCAGUGCACGUGCCCGCUCAGUCUCCCAAGCAACAAUUUCAGCCCUACAUGCCACCUAAGUGAAGAAGGGGAGAUGAAGUGCGACCAGUGUCAGCCUGGAUACACGGGGCCACGAUGUGACAGGUGUUCUAACGGAUACUUCGGCCAGCCCACUGUACCAGGACACUCCUGCCAGCCCUGUGACUGCCAUGGAAACCUGGACCUCUCCGUACCUGGCUGUUGUGAUGCGAUCACAGGCCAGUGUCUGCGCUGUCGACAAGGUUAUGGAGGCCCGGAUUGUGACAGUUGCUCUGAAGGUUACUAUGGAGAUGCAGUCACAGCCAAAAACUGUCGACCCUGUCAGUGCCACACAAAUGGAUCUGUAUCUGAGGAGUGCAAUAAGCAGACUGGACAGUGCCAGUGCAGAGAAAACGUGGUUGGACGACAGUGUGACGAGUGCAUGCCUCAGACUCACGGCAUCACCACAGGUGGAGUGUGCGUCCCGUGUCACUGCAACUCGUUCGGUUCCAAGUCGUUUGACUGUGAUGAGUCGGGUCAGUGUCGGUGUCAGCCGGGGGUCACCAGUCCUAAAUGUGACCGCUGUGGCCGAGGGUUCUUCAACUUCCAGGAGGGCGGCUGCACACCCUGUCAGUGCAGCCACUUGGGGAACAACUGUGAUGCUAACACAGGACAGUGCAUCUGUCCCCCAAACACCAUUGGAGAGAGGUGUGACCGCUGUGCUCCCAACCACUGGGGCCAUGAAAUCACAACUGGAUGCAAGGAGUGUGCUUGCAGCGUUGUCGGCUCAGUGACCCAGCAGUGCAACGCAAACACCGGCUGCUGCUUCUGCCAUGACUCUUUCCGAGGAGAGAAAUGCAACGAGUGUCAAAUUGGAUACCGAGACUUUCCUCAGUGCACCCAGUGCGAGUGUAACGUGGCAGGAUCGGACAGCCAGACCUGCGACCUGGAGAGAAAAGUGUGUGCCUGCGCUGACCGGACAGGGAAGUGUAGCUGCAAGGAAAACGUGGAAGGCGCCAACUGUGACCGUUGUAAGGCCGACACGUUUGGGUUGUCAGUACGAAACCCGCUCGGCUGCAGCAAGUGUUACUGCUACGGACUGACACGCUACUGCACAGAGGCACAGGGACUCAUCAGGAUGUGGUUAACACUGAAGCCUGAGCAGACGGUGCUCCCCCUGGUGGACAAAUCCAACACUAUUGAGACAAGGAGAGGAGUGAGCUUCCAGCACCCUGAGAUCCUCGCUCAUACUGAGCUGGUUACCUCAACUCUCUCUGAACCUUACUACUGGAGACUGCCCGACCAGUUCAGAGGCUCAAUGAUCACAGCAUAUGGUGGUCAGCUGAAAUACGCAGUCUACUACGAGGCCAGAGAAGAAACCGGUGCUUCCUCCUAUGAGCCUCAGGUCAUCAUUAAGGGAGGUCCGAACCGCAACAUCAUGAUCACACGCCACAUACCGGGGCUCCAGAUUGGUCAGCUCACCCGCCAUGAGAUUGACAUGACAGAGCAUGAGUGGAAAUACGCAGAUGGCCGGUCCAUGACUCGAGAGGACUUCAUGGAUGUUUUGUUCUAUGUGGACUACAUCCUAAUUAAGGCAUCACACGGCAACUUGAUGAGACACAGCAGAAUUUCAGAAAUCAGUCUAACAGUGGCCGAGGAAGGCACGCCGACCAGACAGAGUAAGACAGCUCAUCAGAUAGAAAAGUGUGACUGUCCAAUCGGAUACUCUGGACUCUCCUGUGAGGAGUGUGCUGCAGGUUUCUACCGUCUUCGCGCCGACUCCUCAGCAUCUGUUCCAGCGUCCAGCAUGCCCACCGCUGUCGGCAUGGGCAGCUGUGUUCAGUGCCAGUGCAGUGGGCACUCUUCCACCUGUGACCCUGAGACGUCCAUAUGCCAGAACUGUCAAGACAACACAGAGGGGGAUCAGUGUGGGCGCUGCGCUCCGGGAUUCUACGGCGUGGUGCGUGGUUUCCAUGACGACUGCAAACCCUGCGCCUGUCCCCUCACCAACCCAGAGAACAAUUUCAGUCCAACCUGUGUAACAGAGGGGUAUGAUGACUACCGCUGCACAGCCUGUCCUGAGGGAUAUGAGGGUAAACACUGUGAGAGGUGUGCUACUGGUUACCAUGGUAACCCACUGAUGCCAGGCGGCCGCUGCGAGGAGUGUAAGUGUUCCCCUUGGGGGGCGUUGCCUGGACCGUGUGACCCUGUCACAGGCCAAUGCCGCUGCAGGGUCGGGGCAUCCGGGAGGUCAUGUGACCAGUGCAUGGGCAGGCAUGUGUGUGGAGCCGCUGGGAUUAUCUCCUGUGAUGACGAGUGUUCAGGUCUGCUGAUCAGUGAUAUGGACCGCCUUUACCGCAUCAUCACUGAAGUCACCCUGACCACGCCCCUCCCACCUCCUUAUAAGGUGUUGUACCGCUUCGAGAACAUGACGGAGGAACUCAAGCACAUGCUGUCACCUCAGAAAGCUCCGGAGAGAUUACUGCAGCUGGCCGACUCCAACCUGGGAUCACUGGUGGUUGAGAUGGACCAACUUCACAGCAGGGCCACUAAGGUGUCAGCUGACGGAGAGCAGGUGGAUGAUGAUGCUGACAGGAUUCAUAAGCGGGCAGAGGACCUGGAGCAGUUCAUCAGGGACACGCUGCUGGGAGCUAAAGACCUCCAGCUGAAGGCUGCCGAGCUGAACCAGACUCUCUCGCGCAGAGAUGGAACUCCAGAAAAAAGCCUGAAGGAGAUGAAGGAGGAGAUCCAGGCCAUGCUAGCCGAGAUGAGAAAACGACAGCUGGGAGGGAAGAAGAGCACCGCCGAGGAGGAGAAGGAAUUAGCAGAGGAGUUGUAUCAGAAAGUAAAGAGAUUAUUUGGUGACCCCCAUCAGGCCACAGAGGACCUGAAAGCAGAGAUAAAAGAGAAGCUCUCAGACCACGAGGGGAAGCUGCAGGAGGCCCAGGACCUACUCCACACUGCCCAGGGAAAGACCAGGCAGGCUGGCUCACUGGGCGAACAAAACCAGGCUAACCUCACAGCCCUGGAGAGGAAGCGCUCUGCAGUGAGCACAGUGAAGCAGGAUGCGCAGGAUGUUCUUGCAGAAGGAGAGCGUCUUCUGGAUGAAGCAAACCAGCUUUCUGACAACAUCAACAAAGAGAUUGAGGACUUGGAAGGGAUGGAAAAAGAGCUUGGUCCUCUUCAUGUGCAACUGGACACUAAAGUCAAUCGACUCACCAAUGGUUUGAGUGACGGCAGCCUGGCCAAUCAUGUGCAAGACGCAGAGGACCACGCCAAGCAGCUGAAUGAAUCUGCAGCCAUUUUGGAUGGAAUAUUGGCUGAAGCUAAAAAUCUGUCCUUCAAUGCAACAGCUGCCUUCAAGGCCUAUAGUAACAUUAAAGCAAAUGUGGACGCAGCGGAGAAAGAGGCAAAGGCUGCCAAACAGAGGGCAAGUGAGGCCUUGGCACUGGCUUUAGGUCCAGACGUCCCAAUAAAGGAAGCCGCUCAUGAUGCUCUGCAGAAGAGUAACAAACUGCUGAACGAGGCUAAAAAACUUCAAAAUGAUGUCAAAGAAAACGCAGAUAGCGUGGCCGGGCUCAAGGGCAGAGUCAAAGCAGCAAGAGACAAAACCAAAGACCUGCUGAAAGCCGUCAAUGGAACCAUGGCAACGCUCAACGCUAUCCCCAGUGACACAGCAGCUAAGCUAGCAGCCACAAAAGUUGUAGCAGGAGAAGCUAACGCCACCGCCAUAGACGUCCUGGAGCGCCUCGGGGAUUUGAACCUGCAGCUCCAUGGCCUGCAGAGUAACUACAGCGAGCUGGAGGACACCGUCAACGCAGCCAAUACAAUGAUCCAGGACCCUGAGAAAAACACCAUCAUCCACGCUGCCGGAGCUAAAGUGAAAGACUUGGAGGAUGAAGCUGAUAGGCUGCUGGAGAAGCUGCAGCCAAUCAAGAAGCUGCAGGACAACCUGAGGAGAAACAUCUCGCAAAUCAAAGAGCUGAUCAACCAAGCCAGGAAACAAGCUAACUCUAUCAAAGUCUCAGUCUCGUCAGGAGGCGACUGUCUCCGCAGCUACCGCCCUGAUAUCAGGAAAGGCCGUUACAACACCAUCAUCCUGCACGUUAAAACCACCACACCUGAUAACCUGCUGUUCUACCUGGGAUCAGCCAAAUAUGUUGACUUCCUGGCCUUGGAGAUGCGUAAGGGCAAAGUGAAUUUCCUUUGGGAUGUGGGUUCAGGUGUGGGGAGGGUCGAGUAUCCCCAUCACACCAUUCAUGACGGGAGCUGGCACAGAAUAGAGGCAUCUCGUAAUGGGUUGAAUGGCACCAUAUCAGUGUAUCCUCUGGAAGGAUCCAAGGCGGGGAUGAUGCCGACCCCAGCCAGCGCCAACUCACCCACAUCCUUCACCAUCCUGGAUGUGGACCAAAACGCUUACCUGUUUGUAGGAGGGAUAUUUGGCACUGUCAAGAAAGCAGAUGCAGUAAAAACAGAGACGUUCACAGGCUGCAUUGGGGAGACAUUCUUGGAUGGGAAACCCAUUGGACUUUGGAACUACAGAGAGAGACAGGGUGACUGUAAAGGAUGUGUUGUCAGCCCCCAGCGCACAGAUACCGAGGGAACAGUUCAGCUGGACGGUGAAGGCUAUGCUGCAGUGGCGCGACCCAACAGGUGGAACCCCAACAUUUCCACGGUGACCUUUAAGUUCCGUACAUUCUCCUCCGAGGCUCUGCUCAUGUAUUUGGCCACUGAUGAUAUGAAAGACUUCAUGUCUCUGGAGCUGUCUGAAGGUAAAGUGAAGGUGAACUUUGACCUCGGCUCAGGAGUGGGCAGCUCCAUAUCAGCCAACCGCCACAACGAUGGACAGUGGAAAUCCCUCACCAUGUCACGAAACAAGAAACAAGCCACCGUGACUGUAGUGGACAUCGACAGCAGUGCUGAGGAAAGGAUUGUGACCACGUCUCAGGGUUCAGCCACCGGUCUGAACCUCAGAGAAAACCAGAAGAUUUAUUUUGGAGGCCUGCCGACCAUUGGAAACUACAGCAUGACAGCCAGGCCAGAGGUCACUCUGAAGCGAUAUGCGGGCUGUCUGAGGGACAUUGAAGUCUCCAGGACUCCGUAUAAUCUCCUCAGCAGUUCAGAUUAUACCGGGGUCACUAAAGGAUGUAAUGCAGAGAAACUGUACACAGUGAGUUUCUCUAAACCUGGGUUCAUGGAGCUGGGUGGCCUGUCGUUGGCAGUCGACACAGAGAUCAGCCUGUCCUUCAGCACUCUGACGGACACCGGGACCAUACUGCUGGCAGUGGGCGGACCGAUUGGCCUGCAGGCACGGAAUACAAAUCUCGGCAGCUCCAAGCGGAGACGCAGACAAUCUGGAGAGCCGUACCUCUCUGUCAUGCUGAACAAAGGCUCUCUGGAGGUCCUGGUGUUUACGGGCAGCCACAGUCCACGCCGAAUCAUCAGACGGCCUGAGCAGGGCAUACUGCAUGAUGGGAGGGAGCACUCACUGCGCAUUGAGAGGCUGCCUGGAAGAUCUUUUGCAGUUCAGGUGGAUGAGGAGGCCAAGAGGGAGGCAGCUCUUCCCAACGACCAGCCAGUCAGCCUGCAGCGGAUCUUCCUUGGGGGUAUUCCUGCAGAUGUCGAGCAGACGUCCAACAGAGCAAACAUCCCAUUCCAGGGAUGCAUAUGGAACCUCAUGAUCAAUGCAGUUCUCUCAGAUUUCUCCCUGCCUGUAUCCUUUGAGAACGCUGAAAUCGGCCAGUGCCCCAACCUUGCACCACCUCCACCUCCACUCCCACUGCCAGACGAAGAGGAGGGGCCCGCGAAGGAAAAGGAGGAGACCAAGCCGUUCAGGCCUCCGCCGACCUCAGCUCCUGUUGCUCAACCUACAGCUCCUCCUGCUGAGGCCACGCCCCCUGCUGCACCUGCUGCUUCACCUACUGCUGCUGCUGCUGCUGCCGCCACGCCAACUGCUAAACAGGAGCCCAGCGCUGAUCUGGAUUCAUGUGCAUCAGCUGUGGCCCCGAUCGCGCUGGAGAAGGCCUAUCAGUUCGGACUGACCAGGAACAGCCACAUGAGCUUCGCGUUCGAUGACACCAAAGUCAGGGAGAGGCUGAUAUUGGAGUUUGAGUUGAGGACCAAGGAGGAUUCAGGUCUUGUUCUCUACAUGGCGAGAAUCAACCAUGCUGAUUUCGUGACCAUACAGAUUAAAAACGGACAGGUGUGUCUGGGUUAUGAUCUCGGCCAUGGAAACACGUCUGGCUGCGUCCCCAUCUCCAUUAAUGAUGGAAACUGGCACAAGAUCCGUGUGUCUCGUGCCAAGCAGAGAGCGACCCUUCAGGUUGAUUCGAGAUACAGUAAACAGUUGACCAGUCCAAAGAAGGCUGAUCUGUUGGAUGUGGUGGGAACGGUGUACGUCGGUGGAUUACCACACAACUACACCAGCAAGAGAAUAGGACCGAUCCUGUACAGUAUAAACGGAUGUAUCCGUAAAUUAAAGAUGGUGGGAGGUGCUGUGAGCGGUAAAACACCUGCCACAGUUCGCCCUGAGGACUUCAAUCUGAAUAUGGCCGCGCCAACCUCCAGUCACAUGGUAGGAAGAUGCUUCGUCGCUACUGAGGCGGGAACCUAUUUUGACGGCAGUGGCUACCUGAAAGCAGUCUCUUCUUACAGAGUGGGUCUAGAUGUGUCCAUAGCUUUAGAUUUCAGGACCAGCAAAACCAACGGAGUCCUUCUGGCCAUCAGUAAUCAAGCUAACGAUGGACUAGGACUGGAGAUUGUGGAGGGCAAGCUUCUCUUCCAUGUUGACAACGGAGCUGGACGGUUCACAGCCGAGCACAUGCCCGAGGGGGAGGGCUUCUGUGAUGGCCAGUGGCACUCAAUCGUCGCUAAAAAGCUUCGCCACAAAGUGGAGCUGGCUGUUGACGGGAAGAUGAGCCAAGCAGAGAGCCCCAAUGCUCGCUCCAACACGUGUGACACCAACGACCCCAUCUAUGUCGGAGGAUAUCCUGCUGGAGUCCGUCAAGCCGCUCUCUCUAGCAGCGCUUCCUUCAGAGGCUGUAUGAAGAACCUGAAGAUCACCAAGGCCUCUAAGACCAUGGACGUGCACUUCAACAAGGCCUUAGAGAUUAAAGGAGUCCAGCCCCAAUCCUGUCCCGCUGUCGCAGCCUAACUGGUACCCCAGAGCCUCCCAUUUGUCCAUCUACAACAGGACAAAUGUUGAUCUUUGAAACUGCACACACCCAGUGUGGUAACAAUAAUCAGAUUCUAUGUGCUUCAAAAACUCUAACCUGAAUUCAUCAUAGCAGCUGAAGUAUAACGUUCUGCCCUGUGUGGUCCCAGAUGAGAAUCAUGAAUAAACCUGUCAUAAAGGCCAAAUAUCCAGAUAGUGGAAGAUGCAUGGUAUCACUUGAGUCUUGAUCCUGUUUGUGGCUACAUGCAAAGUCACCUGGUGCAGCUUUAAAGUGCAAUAAAAAAACAUUAUAAAAUACAUGUUAGUUUAUUCUCAUGUUUUCAGCACAAAUCUCUGACUCCAUGCACAAAGUAAGGCUCUGAUUCAUAAAUCUAUGAUGACAACAAACUGAUGUUUCAAAGUGUUACAAACUGAAUGUUCUCAAGAGUGAAAUGUAAGUAUUAAGACCUGUGCUUUGGUUUCAGGUUUCACAGUAUUAGAGCUAAUAAUGUUUAGGUAAAUAAGUGAUUAUGUGAGCAUUAAAUCUGCUUUGUUUUCAGUGAAGUCCUCCUUGUUGCAGAGGUAGAGCAGGAUAUUAUGAGUCCUUCAGUUCUCUGACUUUACCUUUGUCACACAGACUUGGCUGGAAAAAAGAACGAGCGAUGCAUGAGGUGUCUACGUUUGUCCUUCAUAAACCUUGUUUCUAGAAAUUAGUUGGUUGGCUUUUUUUAUAUAUAUAUAUAAAAGGAAUAAAUGAAGCUAGCCUUCAUUUCAACCCUCUGUACAAACACCAUGCACUUAACUUUUUAUACAAGUGAGACUUUUUAAUGCAUUUUUUUAGAAAGCGAAAUACCGUAAUAAUUAUGUUAAUAGUUAAUUGUACUUUUGAUAAACUUGCUUUAUGCUACUUCAACAAACACAAUAUGGAAGAAAAUGUUUUAACUGAAUUUGGUGUGGGUAAUUUUUAAACUGUUGACACUGUUGCUUUUAGCUCAAGCUACAGCUUGUAUUCAUUUUCAGUAAUGUUGGAAUAUCAAAUUAAAGGUACAAGGUUUGUGCAGGACACUAAUGGCAGUGUAUGGUGCAUGGUGUGAUUUCAAAUACGUCAGCUGUUUCUGAAAUAUAUUCUUGAAAGCAUCAAA